AUGACGAAUCUGGUGGAUCCUUUGACAUCCGGCGAGGAAAGAAAAUGCUCGUCGCUCAAUUCAAGCAACAUAACUCACGCGAUACAAUUUCUCUUGCUGCCAGCUACUUCGGUAGCGCAACCAUGUGCGGUUCCGGCAGUAAACGCGACUGCGACAUCCUCGACGGCGAUGCCACUACUGGAAACGUGUUCUGAGAUAGCUGCUGAGCACUUUGACAUCUCUGUCACCAAAGUUGUACCACAUGCCCGUGCGGAUAGGUCACCAUUGCCGUUUGAGGAAAUCCCUGGGCCAGCGAUAUUGAAACUGUGGGAGAAAUACUGGCGAUAUGUGCCGCUGCUGGGUACGCAACUGUUUUGCAGACUGCUAAUCAACAAGCUUACCCAGGGACGAUUAUUCUGGAAUCGUAAUGUCACGCCGAUCAAAUACUUAUUCGACGAGUACGGAUGCGUCGUGCGAAUUAACGGGCCGCUUGUCAAUGACAUCGUGAUGAUUCACAGACCUGAGCAUAUAGCGCAGGUUCUCGAGCAGGAAAGCGAGUCGCCUGUCCGUAGCGGCAUCGACAUUCUUCAACAUUACCAUCUUAAUCAUCGCAAAUAUCGUUCCGCCGGAGCGUUUUCGCUGCAAGGUUCCGAGUGGCUGGAAGUAAAAGAGAAGAUCGAUCAGCCGUUCAAUGAUACCGUCUGGGAUUAUGUUGAGAAAUUGGACGCGGUGUGCGGGGAAUUUAUUAACAGGAUUCGUGAAAUAUGCAAUCGACAGGAUGAGGUGCCGGCGACUUUUCAUCGGGAUCUCACCGCCUGGGGUAUGGAGUGCUUCUAUGUGACGAUGUUCAACAAGCAUCUUGGCUUCCUUGAUUCCACCUCGAGAUCGGUGGAUGAAACUACGAAGGUCAUUAAUGCACUGAUCACCGCCCACACAUAUAUGAGUCGCUGUGAAACUGGAUUUCAGGUGUGGAGAUUUUUCGAGACUCCGUUCGUCAGAAGGCUUUUCGUGGCGUGUGAUACCCUCAACGAAAUCAUCGGAAAGUAUAUUCGUCGGGCGCAAAACAGAUUACAAGCUGUAACGGUGCCCGAGCAGAAGAAACCCGCGGAAGAGGAGAAAGGUUUACCGCUCCUUGAGAGGAUGCUGACCCGGCGUGUUCACGCGGACGACAUUUCCACUCUCUUGAUGGACAUGAUGAUUUUAGGCGUCCAGGCUGUCGUCAAUUGCGAGGCUUUCCUGAUUUACUUUCUGACGAAGAAUCCCAGAGCGCAGAAGCAGUUGUACGAUGAGAUAAUCUCCGUUUCACCUAAGAUAAGCUCUACCUUGACGAAGGAAAACCUGAAGAACAUGCCGUAUCUAAGAGCGUGCAUGAAGGAAAGUCUUAGGUUGCGACCUGCAUUCCCCUACUUGACGAGAUUACUGUCGUCGCCGAUUACGUUACACGGAUACACUAUACCGAAGGGGACUUUCGUUAUAAUGGCGAAUCAGAUAACGUCGCAGCGCGAGCAACUUUUCGAAGAUUCCGAGAAGUAUCGGCCAGAGAGGUGGUUGAAUCAGGACGAGCAUGCGUACAAUUUCUAUCAGGCGUAUUCGUGUCUACCUUUCGGAUACGGCGCGCGAUCCUGCCUGGGUAGAAACAUGGCUGAGACGCAAAUGAUGUUGCUUAUAACGAGGCUGGUGAGAGAAUUCACGAUCGAAUACGACUACACGGACAUUCAAAGUCGAUUUCUCAUGGUGAAUGUACCGAAUCGGCCGUUGCGCUUUCGAUUCGUGGACAGGAAGAUGAGAAAGUAAAAAGCGUAAAAAUUAUACUGAAACUCUGCGGAUGUAGUGUCAAAUAAGAGAGCGAAGUAAUUAAUAGAUACAA